AGGCACCCUGGAGUGACCAGUUCCCGCCUGGGUCAGGCUGUGUAAGUCCCCGGAGCUCCCGCCUCGACUCCCUCGGGAAUCAUGGGAAACAAGACGCCCAUGACGUCAGUAACCUUCUUGGUUGUCGCGCUCGUUGUCAUGACGACUGCAUUGGACUUGACCAGAGCACAUCCAACGCCAGGUCCAACAAAAGCCCCAGACAGCACGGCAUCGUCAGCCGACCCGAGGGGGCGUGGCACUGUCUCCUCAGACAUGCGCAGUAAGGUCGACGUCAGACUCGUCGCUAUAGCACAGUUGAGCCACCCGGGACCGAGGCAGCAGCCCAGCGCAAGGCCCAUGACCAGUGACGUCACAGCGGUCAGUCGCCGGAAGGACAGCCCUAUAUCAAGGCUGCUGUCCGCUCUGAAUGGGGGCCACGCCUCCUCCAUCAAACGGCACGACGCGAACCCCAGACCGCCCACGCACAACCCCGCUACCACUACCGCCACUACUGACAGCCACGCCCACCACCUCACCGUCACACAGGCUCAUCAGCAACUCCGCCACCAGGGGGCAGUCAAAUCAACAAGGGCGACAACUCCGUCACCGAGUGCCAGGUCCAGUCUGUCUCCUGCCAGGGCCCGGCUAUUGAGCGCCAUACGCCGUAAGUUACUACGACUUCACCUCACCAACGACCAGAUGAAGCAGAUUCUGAGAAAGACUAAACAUCUAGACAGCCGAGAAGAUGACAAAGACUCUCGUGAACUUGGUCACGAGAACGCGAGCGACGAUGAUGAUGAUAAUAGCGAUGAUGAGAGUGAUGAAGGUGAUGCUAGUCAUGAUGACGAUGAUGCUGGUCGUGUUAGCAACCAUAGCGAUAGUGACAGUGAAGGAGAUGAUGAUGAUGAUGAUGACGAUGACGCUGGUCGUGUUAGCAACCAUAGCGAUAGUGACAGUGAUGAAGAAGAUCAUCAUGAUGAUGAUGAUGAUGAUUAUGAUAGUCACGCUCGUGACCAUAGAGAUGAUGAGAGUGCUGAAGACGACGACGACGACGACGAUCGUCCAGAGGCAAGCUUCAGGUCAAUCCUUCUUUCUGGCAGCUUAAGCGAUGAUGAGCACCAGUUCAUGGUGCACAUCGAGACGAUGAGUACUCACCAACUUCGCUUGCUGUUGGACCAAAUGAACGACAUGCAGCAGAGGAGGAGGCUCUCACACCACAGCAACGACGACGACGACGACGAUAAACGUACGACGACUACUGCUGUUCCCGUUGCGCACGAUCUGUCGAUGGGAGCUAUUUGUUGUAACUUUGGAUGACAUGAUCUUCGUGAUUUUGCGAACUAUGAAGGUUCAUUAUUAUUAUAAGUUAUUCGGAGACCA